CAGUUUCUAAAGACAUAACAGAUAUUAUUAUGACCGCCAUUGUUUUUUAGUUGUUUGUCCGUUUCUUUUUUCUAUCUCUCAGUAAAAGUAUGUCGAGUGACGGCGCAAAAGCUGCACCGACCCCACAGUCUCGUACGAAGGGAUCUCAUAAACGAACCUCAUCUACAUCUACUGGCAUUACCACCAAUGCUACGUCCACGCACCAUCGUAAACCCUCAUAUACACAGAAAAACAGUUCCUCCUAUCUCAACAUCCCCCAAAACUUCAAAUCCCUCGGGAGCAUUCAGCAAUCGCCCAAUGAGGUGAUCGAUUUCCAACCUCACCUGCUGGUCGAUAGCGAUGAUUCUCCUCCACAAUCAUCUACACCAUCCAAGAGAGACCGAUACAAAAGUUUUUUCAGUUCAUAUAAACGACCCUCGCUCCUUAUGGCCGAGCGCAAUGGAUAUGCGAAAACGCAUCACCAGCUUCCGACUUCUAAUGCUAUGUUGCCUCUACGCUGGCCAUCCUUCCUGCGGUACCGAUGGCUACGGUUCCUCUUAUUUAUGUAUGCGAUUUUCUCGGUGUGCGUUACGUUUGUUCAUCUUUUCCAAUGGACAUUUGAUCAAAACUGGACGGAAUUAUCGGGCUACUCGUCGGAUUUUUCAGAUUUCGGCCAAGAUCGGUCCAACGUUUCUCACAUCACACAAAUGUCGCGAAACAUAAAGUUUUCAAAGAUGUUCUCGGAUCAAAUGCCUCAAAACUUGGACAAUAUCACCCCCUUUUUCUUGCGAGCAAAGAGAUCGCCUGCAGAGUUAGAUGUGUCACUCUUGACGGUGGUCACGGAGGAUUCAGUGAACGAUUUGGUUGAUUUGGCGGAAAUGUGGCAAGGACCUGUCUGUGCUGUACUUCACAUUGAGGCUACGUCGGCACUACCACCUGAUACCACCUCAUUCUUGUUCCGGGUACGUCAUAUGCAUGAAAGCAAUCCAUCCAUGCGGGCUCACGUCGAUAUCCAUUUGAUCAUCACCCCACCGAGAGAGAGCGAGAAGUUAUCACUUUCAUUGAAUCAAGAUCGAAACAUGGCAAGAUUGUUCGCUCGCAGUGAAUUCGUGAUCCACGUUGACCCAAGUAUCUUGCACAUCUCCGACAUCACCUUUACCCUUGCCGCCAAACGAGAACAUUAUCAUGAACUUUUGCUCUCCGGUGAUGUGUUGGUCAUACCGUCCUUUGUGCAUAUGUCGUCGGCGGAAGAAGGUAUUCCACAAGAUAAACAUACGGUUGUCGCUAUGUUGGAUGCCCUGGAAGUCGCUAUGUAUGAUGCCAACCAUAACAUCAAUAGCGGGCCUACCAAUUUGGAACAAUGGAAGAAUAGCAAGACGUUGUAUGCUGCCAAAUACGAAGAUAGCUAUGCCCCCGUUGCUAUCAUGAGCCGAAGCCAAACACCGUGGUGCCCUGAGCGUUUUACGGAUAAUCUGGCAUCCUGCUUCUUAGGAACUCAUUUGGCAGGAGGUACCUUUUGGGUGUUGGCUGACGAUUACGUCAUUCAAGCUCCUAACGCGAAGGCAAACACCUUGAAUAAAGCAGAGGUCAAAAUGCAGCAGGUGUUGUAUAAUAGAUAUGUGCCGGAGAUGUGUGUGCAUUAUGCGAGAAAGCUGGCCUCUCUCGGACUAUGGUCAUCAUCUGCAGCAGGCAACAUCAAGUCAUGGGCAGGAUGUCAUAGCACGCGGUCUACCUGGCGCCAAUUGACCGCGACCUCCGAUAAAUAAUUUCCCAACCAACUACCAAACACACCUCCUUCUCUCCCCCAUCCUACACACCAACACCUCAUAGAGCAACGUUUGUGUUCCUGACAUGGAUAACUCGAUGCACUCAUUGGCUGGCAUAGAAUAAAACACAAAGAUAUAUGUGCAUAUGCUGUGCAGGUUAUAGCCACUGCCCCGGCAGGGCACGCAAUGCGCGCACAAGCUGUAUAUGGUGGGAUUGGCUGGGCCCUUGUUGCAUGGAGAGCAAUUGAUACAAUGUGGCCGUUGUCGUUUUAAGCUUUGUGUCUAUCCAAUCUGAUUGCACUCCCCCGCCAAAAAACAAUUGGGGAAUUUGCCUUCAGAUGAUCAUGUCC